AUGUCAAAGACAGAACAAGUACCUGCCGCGGUGAGGCGGCUCCUGUCCGCACGCUAUCCUACUCUUGAGGUCGAUCCCAGCUGGCUCAAGGCUUGCGUCAAAAGAUUACGUCAGCGAGACCCCGCCUUACAGACAGCCUCGCCCGAUCAACUGGCGCGCUCAGUGCGGCAAGAGCUUUUGGACACCGACCUUGCCAAGGUGGUGCCCCCUUCCUACAGCCGCCUCUCUCCUGACGCGCUACUCUCAGCCUCAGGUAAAGUUGGAGAUGCGGGACGCGGUGCAGUGCUGGCUCAGAUCGAGAGCAUGAUCGAUAUCGGUUACUCUGCUUCUUCACAGCUGGAGAUUGCGGAAGCGCGAAGAGAGGCUCGCCGAGCCAACAUCGACCCCAAUGACGUCCCAGCAGAGGUGAAAGCUGCACAAUCUUCCUCUGCGAUGGAUCAUAUGGCGGACUUCCAAGCUCAAGAGGAUGACAAAAUACAGGCGACCACCAUCUUCGCACGACGCAUGCUCAAAUUAGAACUCUCGGACGGAGGCAAGGACGACAACGUAUUUGCUAUCGAGUUGGAGCGAAUCCCUGGGCUCGACAUGAACGCCGCCAAGAUGGGAACGAAGCUACUUCUAAAAGGUGCUCUCAUCAAGGACAGCUACCUGCUAUUGACAUCCAAGACUGUAGCUGUCGAAGGUGGAUGGGUUCGAGAGAAGGACCAAGUCGCCGAGGACACGUUUAUCAACAAACUGCGAUCGCAGCUUGGCAAGCCUCCACUCGGCGACAAUGCCACUGGUCAUCCGGAUGGACCGAGUAACAAUGCAAUUCCAGAACCUUCGAGCAACGGAGCUGCUUCAGCCGAGCAGCGCGGGUUCAGUCCAGACGAUGAUGAAAGCGAGCUUCUUGCGGCGCUGGAAGCCGAGGAGGAGAUGAAGAUCAACGCACCCAUUCGUCCAGCCAGAACUACAGAGAAUGCAGCUGCGAAAGGAAGCACCGCAAACCACAAAGGCUCAGCCUCUCUAGCAGCAUCGCAAGCAAGUACAAGCAAGCGAAUGGACCUGGUCAUUCCCGAGCCAUUGUCGCAGGGCUCUGCAGGCAAGCUUCAUAGCCAACGUUCUAGCGGGGCGGAAAAGCUGAAGGCAACGCAGGAGGCAACGCAGGAGGAUCCCAUCUUAUUGCUCGAAAGCGACGACAACGAUGAGCUGUUCGCUGCCAUACCUGACAUCGUACUGGAUGAUGCAGGCUCUCGGCGCUCUGAGAAGGAAAGCAACUCACGCAAUGAUCCAAUCGUGAUCGAGUCUUCUCCCGAGCCGUAG